CAAUAACAGCAUUUAAAUGAAACUGAAAAUCACUCUUUUGGUGGAAAUGCCAACAACUCGUAGACGUCUGAAAUGACACAAAGGAUCCCAGCUAGAUGCUGUGUUUUGGUGAAGGUUCAUAAGCCAAAAAGCAGAGGAUCCAUUAGCCUUGGACCCCCUCCCCGGUUGCCCAGUGAUAAAGUAAACAAAGUGUGUUUGACCAAUCCGGCACGCAAAUAUUUGUACUGGAAGCUGCCUCGUUUGACGGGAGACACACACGCAUGCAGCCGUGACCUGAGGUAUAUAUACGGUGACAAUCCUGACGGACCAGUACUACAUAUGCACACACACGUGAUCCAUCAAUGACCUAGGCCAGACCUUCCCUUUGGACCUCGACACAGACUCACCUGAACCUGGUGGCUGAUUGCAGUUCACUAGUGACAACAAGCCAACAUGGCGGCCGGCGUCAUCAGGAACUUCCUAGUCCAGGCCCCGGCUCUAGACUAUUUCCCCUUGAUUUUCCAGCACUCUCCAUGCAAGGAGGACAAAGAAGAGAAGGCGGUGGAAAAGACAGAAGAGAGGGAUGAUGAAGAAGAAAGAGAGGAAGAAGACGAGGAGGACGAGGAGGAUGAAGAUGUUGCAUCUGAAGCUCAGGAGGAAGAGGAGGAAUGUUUAGAGGAGGUUUUUCUAAACCCGGCUCACGACGCUUUGGAUGUGACCAAGCAGCUGCUGAGGUUCGCCGACCUCAUCAGUCGUGACGUCCAGCGGUAUUUUGGUCGCUGUCCGGGCGAUCAAGAAGCUUUUGACAUCUACAGCGACUCCGUCUCCGUCACAACCAGCGGACGUCUGCGUUACUAUGACGACCUGCUGAGAAUUGCGAGAGCAGGAAGUCCAGAGGAGCAAGAAAACGCCUUUGUGACUUGCGGAGGGGAUCAAGGAGUGGCGGUUGCUAAGGGCAACAGUGGCUUGGGGCCACUGGCUGAACUGUUCGACAACAGGGGCCCGAGUCAGGGCCGCUGCCGCCCGAUGAUAAAGAGGCAUCUCCCGCUCAGUUUCUGGACCGAGCCGAUCCCCUGCUGCUCUCUGAUCAGUUACAACAGCGACACGCCUUCGCACAGUGACGCACACGCAGACGCUAACACACACAUGCACUACAACGCGCUCCCACACCACAACACACUCGACGGCACACAGCCUGACUUCAGUGACUUGCUGGCAAACUGGGAUCCGAACCCGGAGCUGACUCACACACUGACGGAGAACACACACAUGGAGCAUUAAACACAACGUCCUGCUGCCUGUACGAUGAAACUUCAUUCAUGUAAUUUACAGCUUUGAUAAUAAAAAGUAGAAUAACAGGAACCAACCGA